AUGUUUAUAAGGAGUAGUAAUCAUCGAAUAAUAAAUGCAAUAACUAGAUCAACAUCAAUUUAUAAAAGUCAUCUACAAAUACGGCAGUUUUCAGUGGAUCAUAAUUUAAUAAUAUCAACUUUCACACAAUCAUUUGAAAAUUUACAUGCAUAUACUGGAAUACCAUGGUGGGCUUUGAUACCAAUCACAACCUUUAGUUUAAGAUCAAUAUGGACGUUACCUUUAGCGAUUAUGCAGCGAAAACGUAUACAAAAACAAAGUGCGUUAAAACCAAUAAUCAGUGCUAUGGGACCAAUUUUAAGAAUGAAUUUAGCUAAAAAAGUAUCAAAUGCCAAAAAAGUCAUACAAAAUCCCAAAAGUGAUGAAGUUACAAGAGCAAGUCUAUCUCCAGUGUCCAAUAUGACUUAUGAACAAAUCUUAUUACUAAGUACAAAGGAAACAAGAAAACGUCAAAAACAAAUAUUUAAAAAAUAUGAUGUACAAUUAUGGAAAAAUUUCAUUUUACCAGUUUUCCAAAUUCCUUUGUGGAUUAUCAUGUCUAUAACAAUGAGAGAUUUAAGUGGUUGGUCAUCAUGGGAUAAUUUACAUAAUAAAGCAUUAGAUCCAUCUUUGUACACCGAAGGAUGUUUAUGGUUUCAAGAUUUAGCUGUUGCCGAUCCAUCACAUCUAUUUCCUGUAAUUUUGGGUGUUAUAUCAUUAUGUAAUGUUGAAUGGACUUUUAAGACUUUAGAUUUGGCAAGAUUAACUCAAAAAUUAAAAUAUAGACCAACUUUAACUGAUGCAGUAGCUAAUUUUUCAAGAUUAUCAAUUGUGUUUAUGAUGGCUAUAUCAAUUCAUGCACCAGCUGCAUUACUUUUGUAUUGGAUUAGUUCACAAUUUUUUUCAUUAAUUCAAAAUAUCAUUAUGGACUUGAAAUUUCCAAUCAGCUAUUCACCUAAAAAAAGAUUUGGAUGGGAAAAAUCAACAUAUGAAUAA